AUGUCAUCGAGCAACGCACAGGCAGAGCUAGGGCCCGGCGGGAGCACGCACUCCAUCGAGUUGGGCCGCCUUAUCUUUCAAGGUGCGGAGUCGAAGGUGUAUUGCUGCAGCUUCUACGGCGCACUGGCUUUAUGCAAGCAUCGUUUUGUGAAGCGGUACCGCGACCCAAGCCUCGAUGAGCGUCUGCGUACGCAACGUACGCGUCGCGAGGCACGCGCCUUGGAACGUUGCGUGAAGAAGGGCAUCCGUGCACCGCGUCUGUUAGGUGCGGACUACAUCAACACUUUUCUUGUCAUGUCCUAUGAGGCUGGCCCAACCGUGAAGGAGGCGCUCGACAUCGAGCACGCCGCCUAUAUGCAGCAAGUGUCGAAGGGUAAAAGUACGUCUGCGCAGCAGCAGCAACCGCAGACCACACCGUCGCCCUCGGCGUUGGGCAACGCUGCACCGUCGCCGGUGACUGCUGCCCUUCUGCAGAGUAUUGGUGUCGUGGUGGCGCGGUUGCACAACGCGAACAUCGUCCACGGCGACCUCACAACCUCCAACUUUAUUUGCACGUGCGACGGGCUCGAGGCGGCGGCACCCGGUGCAGAUGGCGCAGAUGCCCUCGCGUCGAGUUCGCCGGUGCUGCCAACAGCGGAGGACAUUGUUGUUCUCGACUUUGGGCUCAUCUCCGAGAAGUACAGCACAGAGGAGCGCGCGGUGGACCUCUAUGUGCUGGAGCGCGCCAUCGCUUCGACCCACCCGUAUCUCUCCUCUUUUGCCAGCGACAUUAUUCUUGAAGGCUAUCGCAGCGCCGCUGACCCGAAGAAGGGAGAGGAGGCGCUGCGGCGACUGGAGGCGGUGCGCGCGCGUGGGCGCAAGCGCACCAUGAUCGGCUAG